CAAAGAUGACUUCGCUUAAAUAUGCUCCGAAACAGAAGGGGAAGGUGGGUGAGCGAGUCGAAACCGACCAAUCGUAAAAGCGAAAAGGCGGGCGGGCGGAUUCUUGGCGGUUUCGUUAUUAAGAAUAUUUUUAUAUUACGUUUCAGACUCUCGACUGUCAAGAUGUCCGAGGAAACAGCCGCUGCCCCUGCAACUCCAGCCACUGCCACGCCUAAGAAAAAGGCAAAAAGUGGCGCAACCAAAUCGAAACCUAAUCCUCCAACUCAUCCCAAGGUUUCCGAAAUGGUUGUGAAAUCCAUCACCACUCUGAAAGAGCGAGGUGGCUCUUCACUGCAAGCUAUCAAAAAGCACAUCAGCAGUCAGUACAAAGUCGACAUCGACCGUUUGACUCCUUUCAUCAAAAAAUAUUUGAAAAGCGCUGUCGCUGCUGGAACUCUGGUUCAAACCAAAGGAAAGGGAGCUAACGGUUCAUUCAAGCUGAGUGCAUCCGGUCAAAAAACCAAGGAGCCAAAGAAAAUCGUGAAAAAGCCUAAAAAGGAAGGAGCUGCUUCUCCAAAGAAAGCAAAAGCCCCUGCUAAGAAAACGGCCAAGCCGAAGGAAAAAGCAGAGAAAAAGAAGAAGCCUGCUGCUGCUAAGAAAGCCACUGCUGGGGCUAAAAAAGUAGCCAAACCCAAAUCUCCUAAGAAGGCAAAGGCUACAAAGCCAAAAGCUCCCAAGCCCAAGAAAUUAAAAACACCCAAAAAAGCAGCUCCUAAAAAAACUUCCAAGAAGUAAAUGGACUGAACAAAAAA